CCGUUGGACGCGGCGCAGGGUGGGGGCCCGGCGGGGCGGUUGGCGCCGGGGGUCGCCGCGGCGGACGGCGCCCGGUUGAGGCGGCGGCAGACGGCGCUGGAGCGCGGGUGGUGGCGGCGUUGAAGCGGCCAUGAAGGCGGGAGCUACUUCCAUGUGGGCUUCCUGCUGUGGGUUGCUGAAUGAAGUCAUGGGGACUGGAGCUGUCCGUGGCCAGCAGGCUGGUUUUGGGGGAGGAGCUGGCCCCUUCAGAUUCGCACCAAGUACAGACUUCUCAGCCUACCCAUCCACGGCUGCUGCGGGCACUAACAUAGUCUGCAAAGCCUGUGGGCUUUCCUUCUCGGUGUUCAGGAAAAAGCAUGUGUGUUGUGACUGCAAGAAGGAUUUCUGCUCAGUUUGUUCAGUCUUGCAAGAGAAUCUUAGAAGAUGUUCCACUUGUCACUUGCUGCAAGAAACAGCCUUUCAGCGGCCUCAGUUAAUGAGAUUGAAAGUGAAGGAUCUGCGUCAGUAUCUGAUUCUCAGAAACAUACCAACAGAUACGUGCAGGGAGAAAGAAGACUUGGUGGAUCUGGUGCUCUGCCACCACGGAUUAGGUUCAGGGGCAGACAUGGACGCUAGCAGCUUGCAUUCGUCACGGUCACAGACUUCAGGGUUUUUCACUCAUCCAUUUUCUAUGUCUGUAUCGGUGUCAUCUCAAGGAGACCUUGCGAGCAGGAGGGGAAGCACAGGGAGCGGAACAGCUUUACGGGGACAAACGGAAACAUCCUCUAUAAAUAACGAAGAAGAUGAAAGUGCAGAAGAGCAGACCCCUGGAUUGUCCAGAAAGCGAGUGAGGGCAUCAUUGUCUGAUAUUUCAAGCCUGGAAGACAUUGAAGGGUUGAGCGUUCGGCAGCUGAAGGAAAUACUCGCCUGUAAUUUUGUCAACUACUCAGGCUGCUGUGAAAAAUGGGAACUUGUGGAAAAAGUGAGCAGGCUGUACAGAGAGAACGAGGAAAACCACAAGACACAGGGUGAGAAGAUGCAGCUGAACGACAACGAUGACAACCUGUGUCGCAUCUGCAUGGACGCCAUCAUUGACUGCGUCCUGCUGGAGUGCGGCCACAUGGUCACCUGCACCAAGUGCGGCAAGCGGAUGAGCGAGUGCCCCAUCUGCCGCCAGUAUGUGGUGCGGGCUGUGCACGUCUUCAAGUCUUAAACAGCAAUCAGAGCUGCCUUUUAUCACUGCCCUUCUGGGAUCCUGGGGGCAGGAGUGAUGAAAAAGGGGCCGGUGUCAGCUUUUUAGUUCCCAGUAAACAGCAUUUGGAACAGCAGGAUCUAGACGUUCAUGGAACAUUUCUCUACAGCACAGUGAAUCGCAGGGGUGGGCAGCACAAGGUGACAUCUGUGUGUGCAGUGACAGUACUGCCUGACUUACAACCCCUCAAACUGUUUUCAGCAGUUCUUGCUCUCUUCUGAAGAACAUCACCUCAUGGUCCCACGGUCAGUGCUCAGACACUGCUGCGCCACCACAUCAGCAUCUUACCUUGUCUAGUGCAUUAGAAGCAGCAACUAUAGCAGUUGACUAUUCAGCUCUUGCCUAACUCUAGAAUGUAACUGCGCCGACACUGUCCCUGUGCCGGUGUUAACAGCAUAAACCAGGACUGCAGGGAGCACUGCCGUUAACUGGACCUGCACAGAGCCCUUAAGCAAUCAUCUGUGUUAUGCUGAUUGCUUCAUCCCCAAUGGCUGUCCUUGUACAGGGACUGUCUUGGCCAUUCUGCGUGACCACACAGAACUCUGCUACAGUGCAGGGCUGUGCUGUCCAAAUACCAAUUAGUAACUGAGUGUUUUUUAGGUUAGGAUUAAAGUAUUUUUUUAAACAGGGGUACAGUAACCAUACUGAGUGUGGUCCUUAAACCACUCAUGCCUAUUGUAACUCUUAAUCUUACACGAUUGUAUGCCAUGUGCCGACAACCUGAUGUUACUGUGAAUACAAAUCAGGGUCAGAAACUACUUGCUGCUAACAUGUGGAAUGUACAUAUAGCAUUGCUAACCUUAACUCGGAAGGGGACCUUGGUAUUUCUCUGAAACCUCCUCUUCGCAGACCCCCCCCCAGGCUGAGUCACUAUUAAUCACACUUCCUAGUGGCUGCAAGCUGACCUGUGGUGCUGUCAGUCCUUGGCCUUGUCUCUUAACUAGGCUUUGUGCCAGCAUCAGGGUUAAGGGUCCUCUUGGAGCAAGAAUUUGCAGUUCUAGUAGGACAUCUGUGACAGAUGACUCAGUGAAAAUGGGGGCAAGAACAGCCCUUGUGUUAGGGGCAGUUGCCUGAGGCUGUUUGCUUGUUUCCUGGAGGUGAGGAAGGAUCUAGUUGGUCCUGGAUGGUUUAUCCUUUCUGCAGGGUUCAACAAUGAAGCUAGUUUCUCCUUUUUGUUUGCCACAUGCUAGAGAAGUAACAGAGCCAGGGCCCUGUUUUGCCUCAGCUGUGGUACCUCUUUCUUCUAUUGUACUAUCGGACCUGCUUUUAUCCUUUAUGUGGAAAAGUGAGCUGUCUUGAAAAAGAGAAAGUAGCUGCUCCUCAAGGUAAAACAUGCAGCUUAGAAACACUGCGUGUUAUUUUUCAGAAGGGAGCAAACCUGUUCUGGCUUUAUUUUUCAGAACUAACUUCUUAAUGGUACUUAAAUCCUGGAGCCUCUGUGUUACUACCACGCUGAUCAUUAGCCACACAAGAUUAAUAAAGAUUGAUGAUGGGCUCUGUCAGCCUCUGUCUCUUUCCUUAACCAGCAGUG